AUGCUGAAUCUUCAAUACGCCGAUUCUUCGUCAGGAGGGAAGUUUUCUUUCCAAGAGGAGCCCCUCUACCCAUAUUCCACCGCAGAUAGUCGAGAUCGAGGAAUGGUGACAUACACUUAUGAGGACCAUAAGCUAUAUGAAGAUGGAAAACCGGUGAAAGCAACCAUCCACUGUUCAGAAAUGACUCCGGAGAUGGAAAGCUGGGCAAUUGAUUGUGCUGCUAUUGCCCUCCUCAAUAAAGCCUCCAUCAAGCAUGCUGCCUCCUACAUUAAGAAAGAAUUCGACAAAGAAUUUGGCCCAUCGUGGCAAUGCGUUGUUGGUAACAAUUUUGGAAGAAGAAGAAGCACUAUGGCUGAACGUAAAGCUGUUGUCAAGAAUGCUGAUAUGACUGAAGAUAUGCAGUCGGAUGCCGUUUCAAUCGCUGGACAGGCUCUGGAAAAAUUCAACAUUGAGAAGGAUAUCGCCGCCUACAUCAAAAAGGAAUUCGAUAAGAAACAUUCCCCCACAUGGCAUUGUAUCGUGGGUCGAAAUUUCGGAAGCUAUGUGACCCACGAGACCAAUCACUUCAUCUACUUUUACUUGGGCCAGGUAGCGAUCCUGCUCUUCAAGUCUGGUUGA